AUGAGCGCGGUACUGGCUGCCCCAUCCCUGCCCCCCAACCCAGAGGACCCGUCUCCGGCUCGUGCCACCCGUCUCCCGCGUCCCUUUCUCCGCAGCCUCCGGACCCUCUUUGAAAUCCUGGACGAUCAGCGGAGCGGGACCAUCCACAUCUCGGAAAUCGAAAGCCGUUGGGGUCGCGGAGGCUCUGGGGUGACCCCUCAGGGAGACAAAGAGAGAUGUCAGCUCCCGCCCGGGGUCCUCCAGGCCCUACAGCAAGUGGCCGAGCCCUGCAGGGGCUACUUGAGUUUCCCCCGCUUGGUGGCCGGGUUGAGAAUUGCCCUUGUGCGGGCUGAAGAAGAGGAAGAGAAGGCCAGAGAGAGCACCAGUGCCGAAAGCGGACGGAGUUCGUCGCAGUCAAUGAAGAACUUGAGCCGGAUACGAGAAUCUGAUGGGAAAGGAGUCACUCGGUCCCGUAGCAUCAACAGCUCUCUCUGCCAAGCUGGGCGACAUCGGAGCAUCCGGAUCCCUAAGGAGCCACGCAGACAUACCAUUUCCAAUGUCUUGGAAUACGAUGUGCUGAAGCGGAUGCAGGAGCUGGAACGGGAGCGAGAUGCCUUGUUGCAAGGGCUGGAGAUGGUCAACCAGGUGCGGGACUGGUUCCAGCACCACCUCCUGGAAGCCCAGAGGCGUCAGAAGCACAUGGGGACCGACACAAACUAUUUUCCAGAGUCCUACUCCAACCAAAGCUGCCUGCUGCUCGCCAAGAUCCAGGAAGUGAAUAUGUGCUUGAAAAACCUGCUCACCUCUCCCGGAAAGCCGGAGGUCCCACCUAGCGGGUUUGGUGUUCCCCUUCAUCCACCCGGAAAGGAGUUUCACCGGCAAGCAGUCAAUGUCCUUAAAGAACAGAACCACCUGUUGAUCAAGGAAGUGUCUGAGAAAAGUGACCGCAUUGCCCAGCUGGAGCAAGAGAAAGCAGCCCUUUGCAAGCAGCUGAAAGAGAUCCGGGGCUACCGCCUCCCCAGCCACAAGGAGUCCACCUUCAUCUGA